GGUGACCACAGACUGUGCAGCUGGAGCCAGGCUGUCCGGAUCAAUGUGACCUCUGCGGACAAACACGCCUCCAGUUUAUAAACGUGUAUAAUCAUUAACUCAUGGUGAGUUCACGGGACGCUGAUCCUCGAGCCAGCAGCAGCAGCACCUGGCUCACCUGAUCUCACCCUCACGACAAAAGGGGGAAUUUAUCGUCACUCCUGCUUUUAGUACAUAUCCAAACCAGUUUAACCAUCAAGAAACAGGAAACAGACAACAGAGAGAAAGUGAAAGUUAAGCGCGGGGAUAUUAAAAACAGACGGAGUGGAAGAACUGAGGAGUUUACACACCUGAACAGUCGGACGUCUUUUAACGGGAUGAGAUGUCGCACAUGAUGGAUAAAAACGCUGAAAACCCCGAGGAGGACGCGGUGUCCCUCAGGAGAAACGGGAAGACGGACGGUGCCGCGAAGGAGACGCUGGGCAUGCUGAAUACGCUCAGAAAAAGCAUCCGGCGAGCGGGGUCAAAGGUCACGGCUAAAGGAGACGAGUCGGGGCUUAAACUGCCUCCGUCACCAAGCCUGAGCUCAGGUUCUCCUGCGUCGUCUCCUCUCAAGAACAUCGGAAGCAUUUUCCAGAGAAAGGAGGAAGACGAGGCCGAGGGCUCCGCGCAGAAAAGUAAAGGUCUGACACAUUCAAAGACAGAUCCCAACAUGACCAGGUUCACUGACUCGAUCUUACAGAGAGGAGAGUCGAUCCGACGGAGCCUGAAAUUGUCCAAGAAGAACAAGGAUAAAAACUGCAAUAAGGAGCUCGUCACCGUCUCUGAGGGCUCGAAGGAGGAGAAGGAGGUGGUUAAAGAAGACGAGGAGGAGGAGGUGGUGGAGGAGGUGAAGGAGGAGGUGGAGGAGGCGUACACACUGCCAGAAUUACCACACACACCGCUGUCAGUGAUGCAGAUCAAUAAGCUGAUCGAGAGGGAGGUGCUGGAGGAGGCUCACCUGAACCUGCUCGCCCUGCGGCGGGAGUUCCAGCAGGAGCAGGAGCGAUGCGGCGACGACUCGCCGAUGGAGCUCUCCAAGAAGGAGAAAGACCUCAGCCUCCUGUACGGAGAGCUGAGGAACAAGAUCAACACCAUCGUGCGCGACUCCAACUCUCUUCCCUCCAGGAACAAGGAGCUCCUGGUUCCCGUUGCCAGGAUCAUCCAAGAGGAGGAGAGGAGAGCCGAGGAACCCGGCGGGCUUCCGGGCAGCUGGAUGGAGUCGUGGAGGGAGGCGGUGGGCGAGGGGGUGCAGGUGAAGGUGGAGAGCGUCCACCUGGAGAAGAGGGAGGAGAACGCCUCCUGGCUGGCGGUUCACCUGGGUCUGCUGGGGAAGGCCAUCGUGCACGACCUGGAGCAGGUGAAGAGGGAGCUGCGGUGGUCGUACCCGCCCAGCUUCAACGUGUUCAGCACCUACGUGAGGAGCUACCACCGGGUCGUCGGGCAGCACCUGAAGAAGCUGCAGCUGCAGGUGACGGAGCUGAAGGACCUGUUCGCUCUGCUGGACUGGAUCGUCAACCGCUACAAGAGCGAGAGGAUCAUGGGAAGUCCCUCCCUGCAGCCGGACAUGAAGGACGAGAGCGUCGAUCUGCAGCUGGAGGACGGCCUCCUGAGGCAGCUCAAAGACAAGUUCUGCUGCAGAGUGAAGGACGACAUGAGAGCUUCACUGGAGAGAGUGAUUGAAAUUGAAAACAAGGAAGUCUGGAUGGUCAAAGGGACUCCUGAGAGGGACGACGAACAUCUCCUGACGUCGCACAUCGACAUGGACAUCUGGACGAACAUUAAAGGAAAUGUGGUGAAUUCCCGUCUAAUCGAUGGCGAGCUGGAGCAGAGAGUGAUCUCGUCCUGCCUCCAAGAGCUGAAGCUGUUUCCCGGCAGGUUCGACGCCGAGUUCAGACGCCUGUGCAGCGCUCUCAGACCGCAGCCUCUGUGGACCGAGUAUCACAUAACCUACAUCAACAGCUUCAGCGCUUUACAGCGGCACAUGGAGGGAUACCGGGACGCCUGCCCGGACGAGGUGGAAGCUUUCCAAAAGGAGGCGAAGUGGCUGAUCGUCCGACUCUGUCAGGACCUGGAGGACCAGUUCAAAGAGGAGGUGACGCCGUACAUGAGGAGGAUGAUGACGAGGAAGUGGCUCAGCAACGACGACGACUUUAAGCAGCUUCUCCGUCGGACGGAGCUGCUCUCUCAGCACUGCUCCCUCAUGAGGCCUCCACAUGUCCAGGAGUUUGCGAGCCGGCUUCACCACCACGUGGCGAAGGAAUACGUCGGCCAGCUGAUGAAGAACAACUACUCGUGUAAGAACCGCAAACACGAGAAGGCGGCCGGAAAGAUCCGCAAGCAGUGGAGCGAACUGAGGGAUCUGUUUGUGGAGAUGAAGUCGACUAACGAGUGGCUCCACCCCGUCGGAGACGACCUGAGUGACAUCAUCACGCAGAAGAACAAGGCGGACAUAAAGGAGCACCUGCAGCCGAUCGUGGAGCACUACCCCGACUUCAGUAAUAAACACCUGGUUGCCGUCCUGUAUUUCCGAGGCCUGCUGAGAGGCCGAGAACACCAGCAGAUCCUCCAGAGACUCUCGGAGCUGAAGAAGCUGGCCGACGGCGACAGGAGCCGAGUUUUAUUCGGCGACAUGCAGGUCACCGUCAGCACCGGCUGCCUGUCCAACCUGCCGUUCUGCUGCCUCAGCUUCCUGCUGCCCGACAACUAGAGCGACGUCAGCGGACGCAGAGUUUAACGGUUACGUCUUUUCAAACACAGCUAUCGAAAACUGAAACCAGCUGCAUCUUUUUGUACAGAAUCAAGCCGACUUGUCAUUCUGCCUCCAGAAUAUUACAUGCGAAUGAAGUUUCUUUCUUCUAAGAGCAAAUAUCUGUGCAACGUGUUCGUUAAUGUCUCCUCCAGCAACGUCUGUAAUCACUUAGAAAGCUUUAAUUUGAUGUGACGCACGUUUGUGUGUUACAUGUUAGAGUGUUCACGGCAUUUCUGGGAAGGAAAGAGUAAAAAGGUUGAGAAACCGUCCGUGAGAAACUUUCUGGGAGGACGACAACGAAGCGCUCAGCAGAUGUGAUGAAUAAAAAAGGCCGGUGUUCGCUGCCAGGAGGAUUUCUCAGCAAAGUGGAUUUUGAGAUAUUUUUGUUGGAGCUCGGUUUGAGUUCAAACGGUCGGAUUGGUUAAUAAAA